AUGGCGAGCAGCAGCUCAAUGCUGGCCGUCCUAGCCACCCUGGCCCUGCUGCUCUCCCCAGCCGCCUCAGCCCUGUCGUCCACGCUGUCCCCGGACUUCCACGCGGAGACGUGCCCGCAGCUGGACGGCAUCGUGCGCGCGGCGGUGCAGGCCGCCCUCACGAGCGAAAUCGCCAUCGCCGCUGGCCUCGUCCGCAUCUACUUCCACGACUGCUUCCCGCAGGGCUGCGACGCCUCCAUCCUCCUCAACUCCACCUCCGCCCGCGAGACGGCGCUGGGCCCCAACCUCAGCAUCCAGCCGCGCGCCAUGCAGCUCGUCGAGUCCAUCCGCUCCACGGCGCACGCCGCCUGCGGGCCCGUUGUCUCCUGCGCCGACAUCACCCUGCUCGCCACCCGCGCCGCCAUCGUCGCCUCCGGCGGGCCCACCUUCCCCGUGCCCCUCGGCAACCUCGACAGCCUCGCCCCGGCGUCACAGGACAAGGUGUUCGACCUCCCGUCGCCGGCCACCGCCAGCGUCGCCGCUCUGGUGCAGUCCUUCGGCACCAGGGGACUCGGCGACGUGGCCGACCUCGUGGCGCUCUCGGGCGCGCACACCAUUGGUCGGUCGCAGUGUGGGUCCUUCUCCGACCGGUCUCAGCGCGCCGACGACACCUUCUCGAGGAAGCUCGCCGCCAACUGCAGCAAGAACCCGGACCGUCUGCAGAACCUGGACGUGAUCACCCCGGACCUGUUCGACAACGGGUACUACAAGGCGCUGGGGUUCAACCAGGGCGUGUUCACCUCCGACAUGGCGCUGGUCAAGAACAAGACCACCGCGCCCAUCGUGAAGCAGUUCGCCGCGAGCAAGGACGCCUUCUUCGCGCAGUUCGCCAAGUCGAUGACCAAGCUCGCCAGCGUGCCCAAGCCGGCGGGCAACGUCGGGGAGAUCCGCCGCUUCAGCUGCCUGAGGACCAACGCCCAGAGCGUCGUCCUCAUCGACACCGCCGUCGACGCUGUCGAUGAGGAGGAGGGCUUCGCUGCUUCCGCGCGUGACGUUAGCGUGUAG